UAGGACCACUUGUUUUAUCCUUUAUUAUUAUUGCUCCUUUAGUUUUUCAGGGUGCGGCGACUCCCUUCUGUUUCUGCGCACCCGUAUGGUCGGCGUUGCCCGUAUCCGCGUAUCAGCGAGUGCUGCAAGUUUCCCCUUUUCGAUCACCUCGCACGCGCGAACCAAGGAAGGAACAGGCUCGACAACAGCGACCAAACUGAUUCAAAGCGCCGGUUGCGGAACAACGGGUUUCGACUUCGUGCGCCUCACCUGCUUGCAGUUUUUGCCCGCUCUGAAGUGUUUGUGUACUCGGGUGUGCGUGCUUCCUCUCGGACAACACUGCUCUGCGAGGAAGCCAACCAACCGCUGGGAAGUGAGCAACCGUCAUUUUAGAUAUUUCUGUCUGCCUCGCCUAGAAACGAAUGAUGGCGUGGUAACCGCACCGAUCCUCGGCAGCUAUGUUUCAGUAGAGUGCUCUGCGCACGGUGUAGUAAGGAGACUACCAAUGGCGAUCGUUGCCCUGAUUCCACAACGUGAUGUCACUAGCUCACUGAAAUAAAAGGCGUCGGCGAAAAAGAAAUAACAAACACUGUUCUUGCUGUCAGAAAAAAGCCUGCGAAGCCUCUUGCCGCGCCGACGAUCGAAAGGCGUGUGCUUCCUUUCUGUCUCGCAUCUAUCCUAAAAUUUUGAACGCUCCACUUUCGCACUUGACUUUGUGGUCACCUGUGCUUCGUCCGCUGGUUCUUUUUUACGUCUUUAUUUGGACACUUGCCCAAUAGCUGGAACACAACUUGAAGAACUCGUUCGUCUGCGCCCUGAACAACGGCGGUGGACAGCACGCUACUGCGCGACCGAGAUUCAGCCAGCCAGCUUAUAUCUUUCGCCGGGUGGCGGCGUUGAAGCAGCGGCGGCGACCGAUCUCGCGUCUGCGCGGUCAACUGUGGCGUCUCGCAGCAGCGCUAUGACCGCGGCCCAGAGUGGGAAACAACGGCUGUGCCUGGAAUGCUGACUCCGUCGACGUGGCUGCUGCUCCUGUUCCUAGUGUCCUUGCUCGCGGAGUACGCCAGGGCAGCGUUCAGCCACCAAACCUACAACAAAGAGCCAGAGAGGCGGCUCGGGGAGACAUGUAUCACGAGGACAGCGUGCGAGCUCGGCGACGCCCAUUCGGACUGCAUCCACUGGCAGUGUCAGUGCAAGAAAGGUUUCCGCAUAGAGUUUCUCCACGGUAUACCUGUCUGCGUCACCGGUUUCUUCCCGAGCCAGUGCUACUCGCACAACCAGUGCAUCGAAAUGGACGAGCAUGCGCUGUGCGUGAGCAACGUGUGUGAUUGCGAAAACGGCUACCAGAGGGAGCUCAUCUACUGGAAGUACGUUUGCAGGCCAGAAAAGUCGGACAAGAGUCUUAUCAUUUUCAUCCUGAGCUUCACUCUGCUCCUACUAAUCAUUGUAUUGCUAUAUAUCGGGAAACAUUACGUGCAGUCAGAAUGUGCUGGACCACCGAACCCACCUUGUCCAGCGUCGUCAACUAUCACCGGCUUCACGGGUUCCAUCCAGGACGCAGACAGUCCAGAGUGGGAUUUGGUGGUGAUACCCAGGGCCGUGAGACCACCGUCCCCCGUGUUACCCUCCAAAGAGGACCUGCCGCCCAGCUACGAGGAGGUGAUGCGGUACCUGUCCCAGCAGUCAUCGAAAAGAUGACGUUCACAUCACGAGGCAUGGAGGCGUGCCUAUCGCUGACAAACGGCUUGGGUCCUUGCCGCAAAACCGCAGCACUGCGCUCGCCGUAUCCUGCAUCCUCCGGUUGGGGCCGCUACGCCUAGUUUUCAUCAGUUGGUUCGAAUUCCUGAAGAUGGCAGAACGAUGGGCAAGGAACUGACGGACCCGUCUCCACCGCCACCACCCCCAACGCCAAUGCCACCAGUCUCAUCCACCGCCAGUCGCCGCCACCAGAGCCUGCAGAACUCAUACCGGCAUUUUCGCGCAUCUAUCGCUCUACAGCCAGUUUUUCCACAGCCUCCGCAGGGGAAUGCUUCCAUCGCGUGUUGGUCCACCGAGAACCGCCGGCAUCUACUCCUGUGUUACCUAAACCAACAACGUCACCGGUGACAGCCACUACAAUGGCGAGCUCUGUUUGCAUCGCGCAACGGCUCAUGCACGAAGAGACGGUAGAGGUCGAACCCACGACGUUCAUCAUCGCGGACACACGUGACGUCGUCAGGAACAACAACCAUGGGUGCUUGAGAUUCGAUUUUAGGUUUUAAGUGUGCGGACGCCACUUCCGCAGCAAGAAAAAUGAACCAGCUGAAUUCAUAGUUUCAAGGGUUUGGUGUUCAAACUUCGUAUACGGUCUUUCGAGUGCGUGGCAACGUGAUGUCAAGAGAAGCUGUUUCACUCGGUACACGAUGUGCAGUGUCCCUAGCGAAUGAGUCGGGGAAUGAACAUGAAGACUUAAUGCACUUGUCAUGAACGUGAACCAUUGCGCGGCCAUCAACGUCCCUCCGACAGAUAUUGCUGUUUUUUUUUCUUUUUUGAACGAUUACGAUCAAGACUGUGGUGAACUAAACUUGUGAGAAUGAUUUCUAUAAUUGCGCAGGUCAUGCUUACAAGUGUGACAAAGUUGAAACAAACGACCUGCGCAUUUGGUCGUGCCUGGCCCGCUCGCUUUCCCCCCGCUUCUUUAGCUGCUCCUUUUUCGUGCUAUUGUGGAGCACUACCCCGAUUUCUUUUGUCUUCCGCACGGGGAUCAUUGUAGUGUUCAGGAUUUUGUAUAUGCCAAGUAUCCACUGAUGUACACAAUUAUCUCAGCAUACCUAUAUAUCUAUAUCACUUCUAAAAAACAACACUAAUGACUCAGCGGUUGUAUAGAACUUGCUGUCCUCGUUAGCAGGCGAAGUCAACAUGACACUUCUCAAGUGUAGUGCGCAAUUGUUUACAAGUGUUGAUCCCAGUGGACCACUAGUUGGUCAACUGUCGCCUCGAUGAGGCCAACAUAUAACUUCACUUAGAGUGCAAUGUGUGAGAUCACGCUGGGAUUCCCGCUGGUGGUAAGCUUUCAAGAAAUGUCGUUGAGCCUUCCAUAGUGUCUUUCGUAGCACACUUGCACACGCAUAGUCUCUUAAGAGAACGCUUACAGACGUUUGUUGAAGUCAAUUUAAAAUACAAGACGCAUCAAAAUACCACCUUGCGGUGCGCAUCCGUUCUUCAACUGGGUGGUGUGCCCAAAUAUUUUGAUGCCAUUGGGUUGUCACGAUGUGGUCAGGGCCACUAAUCCUUCUGCAGCUGUUCGCAUCACCUACCGUGCUUUCGAUGUCUCCUUUAAGGCAAGUAGGGAAAGUUACGUGAUGAUGAACCGUAUAAAUCAUUGCGGUGGGAUAAAUGACCAUCUAAAUAAUCCAGGCCUAAAUUUUGUCAAGGCGGAUAUGCCUCGUGCGGUUGUAGAUGACGCGAUGUGGUUUUCAAUUGAGGAAUCCCGUGUUGAACAUGUGAGGGAAACGCAGAUGUUGGAUUCGCAUAGUCCUGCUUUUUCGUUAGUUUUCCUCUUUUUUUUUUGUCCUGCUGCUUUACUGAGUAGUGCUCAGGAGUUAUUUUCCAGUUUCUAUUUGUUCGUUUGAACAUGCACAUAGCAAGAAGCACUCAUGAGAACUUCAGCUGUUCGGGCAUGGCAGUCGUCAUUCAUAUGUAAAAGCUUUCUACCAGCACAUGCAUGAAAUGCACUUAGUUCGGGUCUUUUGCCACGUCAUGUAGAUAAUGUGUACAGGUGGAUAAAUAAGUAGUCACUAGCGGGGUCACACACUGGUGUAGAGAAACUGGCGAAAUUGAAAGAAUUGAUGAAAUGCUAGGGCAUUUUUUCCAAAUGCAGAUAACAUAGCACUGUCGCAAAAUUAGAAAGAAAAUAUAUAAACUAUGUUUUACUACUGGUUAAAGCGUUGGUUUAGGUCAAAAUUGUGCCAUAGAGCCUGCAGUCUAGCAUAAUGCGCCAACAUUUACUAUAUAGCAUCUGUGCUGCGAUGUUCAAGUGACUGUGGGUAGUACUGAAAAUAUCUAACAAUAAGCCAUACCAUCUUGUUUUAUUACUCUCAAAGUCACGAAGUCUAGGUCUUUCUCGCAGCGUUUAACGUCGCCUUGGCAACAGCGUUUUUCGCCAAAUUUCGUCUUGUCCCGUUAACGCAUAUCAAAGAUAUGCUCUUAAAUAGAGUUGUGCUCAAGUGUCAACAACAGUAACUGAUGUGGGCCUCACAUUCAUGCGUCUCGAGUGCGGUGUAUCUGUUGUUACUACGCCAUACGAAUAUUUCCGUCUUCGCAUACGAGAAGAUCGGACACCUGGUGCCGUCAACGAUGUGGUUACGGACGUUUGUAAGAGGAACGUGAGAAUUUAAUCUGAAAGAAAAUAAAUAUGCGCAUGUGCAUGCGUGCCACUCUUCCGC